AUGGCAUUGUACGUAGCAUUGUAUGGUAGAAGGUGCCGUUCUCCUAUCAGAUGGUUUGAAGCUGGUGAGACUAACUUAUUGGGACCCGACUUAGUACAAGAAGCUAUGGACAAGGUCCAGUUGAUCAGACAGAGAUUGCUUAUAGCUCAAAGUAGACAAAAAUCUUAUGCAGAUAAGAGAAGAAGAGACUUAGUGUUCGCAACUGGAGACAAAGUAUUCCUACGAGUCUCUCCUAUGAAAGGUGUGAUGCGAUUUAGGAAAAGAGGCAAGUUGAUCCCCAGAUUUGUAGGACCCCAUGCAAUACUAGACCGAGUGGGAGCUGUGGCUUUUCGUUUGGCACUUCCUCCUGAGUUGUCUUCUAUUCAUCCAAUAUUUCAUGUCUAUAUGCUUAGAAAAUGUAUAUCGGACUCCUCUCAUGUGCUUGAAGCACCGACUAUACCACUUGAUGAGAAGUUGUCUUACGAGGAGGAGCCGAUGACAAUUGUUGAUAGACAAGUAAGAAAACUACGGUCAAAGGAAAUUAUGUUCGUGAAAGUCAUAUGGAGAAACCAUACAGUUGAAGAAGCUACAUGGGAAGUGGAAGAUACUAUGCGAGUCAAGUAUCCUCAUUUAUUCCAGUCUAUAGCCGAGAUCGAGAAUGCUAAGGAGCUCGAAGCUGAAUCCGGAGUGUUGUCCUUUCCUAAUGAUGAUGAUUCUGGGAGUGUGAGCGGAUAUGAAAGUGGAGAAGGCCUCGAAAGAGAAGAUGCUGUUCCCGGAGAAGACUAA